GACGAAUUUCUGAUUAAAGGGAACGCUCUCGUUUCUCAUUGGGCAUUGUUCCUGAUUCAAGAUGGCAGCCUUCAUGUGGAGACGUGCUUUUCCAUUGCUAAGAAGGGUUUCACGAUUUUCUCUUCACAAUUCUUGUCAGUCGACUCGUCGUUUGUAUUCUGCGGGUGACACCAACACAGAAAAACAACUGGAGGUUCGCAAGGCGACAUAUCCCCUGAUUAUUCCACCAGUAUAUGCGAAAACGGCAGAGGCAGAAGAAUACCGAAAAAAAUUGAUCAUUCAAAGAAUAAACGACAAGCCAACUGCCACGGAAAUGAUCCACGAAUUGAGUAAGGUCCAAAACUGGCAUUACACCAUACACCCUUCUUGCUUUCAUUACAGUUUCCUGGAUUUUUAUAAGCAUAUUGUGAAGACACUCAUGGUGGAAAAUCUUCCAAAGCAGACAAUGGAGUUGGCAGGUACUCCUGUGGUGGAACAGUCUAUGGAAAUGUUGAAACCACACAUCAUUGAUUGCAUUCUUCAGGAGCAGCUCUACCUGUACAGACACAAAGGAAAAUUAGCGAAACAAGAGAAUGUUGCUGGUAAACAGACUAUGGAGAAUAUAAUGCGAAUUUUAUUGACAGGACUUGCCGGUGACUAUCCACAUCUAAGGGAUUCGCAAAUAGACCAAGAUGUUCAGGUUCAAUCGUUUUGGAAGCGUGAAGAGACCAGAUUUCAGUUCACUGGAAAUCCGUUAUUUCUAAUCCGAACGAAAGACCCACUUCCUGAGUUCAUUAGCAAAGAGGAUGAGCUUUCUGUUGGUGAAGUACCAUUGUGGUCCUAUGCACCUGAGAAUGUCAGUGUCUUCAAGCAACACAUUAACCCUGUGUGCUUUCCUGGAUUUAAAACUGGUAAUCCAUUCACCUAUGGUCAUACUCAGAUCUACACGUCUACAUUCAGUCGGACAAGAUGCGCUAAAGAUCAAAUUUUAGAAGAGGUGUUACAAGGGUUUGGAAUGUCAUCUUCAUUUGGAUGGCUGAAUGGCCUAGCGUUGUAUCAGAUGAAUAAUCCUUACAGAGACUUGAAACAUCCAAUGACCUGUCAGACAAUUGUCACAAAUGGUUGUCAGUUUUCAUUCUUCUGUUAUCAGCUGAAUACCAUGGGACUGUCCAGUCAAUCAGCUGAUAAUCCAUUGCGUAAUGUUUGCUGGUACAGUCCGGACAUGAAGCUGUAUGGAGACAUACAAGAUGGAAGGAUCAUAGACUUCAAUAAUGACGUCCUGAAACUGGUUAUUGCCUUUUUGUUGAACCGAACAUGCCCUUUGGAAGAAUAACUAAACACUUUGAAUUGUCCAUUGUCCAAUGGUGAGCAAGUGCUUUCUUCUUGCACAAUGAACUGAACCUAUCUUUUCAAAGCACAGGUAAAUAAUUGCACUCUACAAUUUCAUGAGAAUUUUUUGGAAAAAGCUAUACCGGUAUUAUUUAUAAGCAUUUCAUGGUUCAAUGUUUCUUCAGCAUUAAUGAGUUGAUUUGUUUGAAACUCUCUAACAUAUCCACUAUUGUAAGUCAGAUAGAUCUUUUUCUGGUGUUCUUUUGAAUUUACAAACUUGUUCAUCUUCUGGUUAUAAUUACAUAGACAUGUGCAUCCAUAAAAUAUAUCUGCCAGGUUCUUAAAUGCAAUGAAAAGAUUUUUGUCUUUAACUCUAACCCCAAAGGAUGUGCCAACAGUCACUCUGAAAUUGGGGGAUUCUUGAUCUUCCUUUGUAGGCUGUAUUCUAAGCAGGUUGCAGAAGAUAGAAAGGUUGUUUUACUUCAGGUGGUUACAACUUUAUGUUCAGUGUCACGUUGGGUCUAAUGUCAAGAGUGACAUUGCAUAUUAUUAACACAAGAUCCUCAUGCUAACUAUUUUGUGACAAAAUCUUCACCAAGUCGUGAAGUUUUAUUUUGUGAGUUUGUCAACAAAGUGAAAUGCUAAAGAUUAAAAUAUUAGACCUAACCUUUUCUGCAUAAACAUUUUCACAAUCCAAAACGGAUUGUAGGUGACAUUGUCUGUUCAGAAAACCAGGAUUUAUGUCAAAACCUUCCUUGCACACUGUACUUAUUUGUAUGCGCUAUAAUGUUGCCAUUUGUGAGUAGCGUAUCGAAACCAUAGACCUCCAUAGUUGUUAGUAAUGUUAACAAUAAAUUGUGAAAACAGACGCACUCA